AUCUUCUCCGCUUUAGACAUUAAAAGUGUGAGGAAGAAGUUGAGGUGAACACCGUAAGCAGACGUGGUUCCAUCACUCAUCGCCAUGGUGGGCCUGGUUUUGGUAAAGCAACAUCGCUUGGUGACUUUCCCGGUUGCCCUUGGCGUCUCGUUGGUACUGUGCUGUGUCGCGUUAACGUUACAUCGACUGCGGCAAGGUGCCCUUCGUUCCCAUUAUCCAGAAACAUUCUGCAGGGAUCAUGUGCAGGUCGUUGUAGCGGUGCAGUCAGCACCUGACAACUUCAGGCAGCGUAUGGCUAUUCGUAAGACGCUAGGAAACAGCGCUGUCACCAGGAUACUUCCCUGGAGAGUACUCUUCUACACAACACCACCUCGAAAGGAAUUGAUCCAGGUGAUGAGGUCUGAGCUUGCCAAGGAAGACUUGCUAGUCACACAAGGGAAGGACAACGUGACGAGCUUCCUGGACAUGGCACAUUGGGUGUCUGAGCGGUGUGGCACCUGGUUGCGGUAUCUGGUACACAUUAACGAUACCACCUUCGCUGAUCUGGUUGCGCUGCACGAGUACACCUUACGGUUGCCGAGUGACGACAGUGACUUCCAUUGUCAGGUGGAAGCCAUGGUGAGGGUGGAGCGCGAUCCAUCGCAUCCGGACUACAUUCCAGAGACAGUUUUCCGCGACAACAUAUUCCCCAACCACUGCCAUGGCAGCGCAUUCAUCGUACCAGGCCGCUUCUUGGAGCCGCUAGUGUAUGCGUCCCGCUCGAUUCCUCCAUACCAGGCGUUCGGGCCCUAUCUGACGGGCCACUUGCCCGUAUUGGCCCGUCUUGGACAUACGGACGUUCGCUCCCGGAUGAACAACACCGUAAACGGUGUUUGGACAGAACGCAAGUUCUUCACUGGAGGCUUUAACGACACGGAUAUGUGGAAACGGCACUGGUUAAAGACGCUAGUCUGCUUCAAAGACAACGAGAAUACGACAUCCACGUUGACACAGUCCAUUGUUAGAAGUAUUCAACUAGGUGUUGUCGACUGAUUACAUUAAUCAUGUCAUAUUUUUGUUCUCGUCGAGUCACACUUGUUUUGUUUUAUGUCUUUGUUUGAAUAAAUAUGUUUGUGACUCUGGA